CGAAUACGUUGCCUCGUGGCAGCGCGAAGCCGUGCUAAGCGAACCCCCACACGACUGGGUCCCACUGCUCAUAUAAGGUUUACCAGACAAGUGCGAGGCGCGGUGCGGACGUUACAACUUGCGUUGGCAGAAUCUGGGAGUAAAAUGGCCAGAGCCGCGAGCAUGGACUCUUCUUCAACUUCUUCCUUCAUGUCUGGCCUGGCGAAUGAGCUGAUCCUCGACCGGGACCCGCGCACCGCCGACUGGGCCCUGGCCGGGAACAGAGAGUUCCUCAUCUCCCUGUUCAUGGUCUACGUCUACGUGGUCAAGGUGGGCGGACCCCGAUACAUGAAAGACCGCAAGCCGUAUGACGGCAUCAAGCCGAUUGUCAACAUCUACAACGCCUGCAUGGUGGUGCUGAACGCCUACUUCAUGACUGCCUUCCUCUCCAGGACCUACAUGGGCGGCGGCUACAGCCUCUUCUGCCAGGGCAUCAACUACGAGGCCCGAGACGAGGUCACCAUGAGCCUUCUCAACCUCUGCUGGUGGUACACGCUGGUGAGGAUCGCCGACUUCAUGGACACGGUUUUCUUCGUCCUGCGCAAGAAGGACUCGCACGUCUCGUUCCUGCACGUCGCGCACCACAUUCUGGUAGUGUUCAACGGCUGCUACGGCGUCGGCUACGGCCCGGACGGCCAGGCGACACUGACCAUUGUACUCAACUGCUUCGUCCACGUGAUCAUGUACACUUACUACUUCCUCUCUCUGCUGGGACCCACAGUGCAGAAGCACCUCUGGUGGAAGCGUUACCUGACGCAGGUGCAGCUGGUCCAGUUCUGCGUCAUAUUCGUGCACAUGCUGGUUCCGCUCUUCUACAGCUGCGGUUACCCGAGACCGCACAUCUACGUCAUGCUGUGCGAGGCGGUUUUCUUCUUCAUCAUGUUCGUACGCUUCUACUCAAGGCCUACCGGGACAGGCACAUCGAUUCUGUGA